AUGAACAUUACUUAUCUUGCCUUACCUCAUUCUGUUAUUCGACCAGCCUCUGCAUCGAAAAAGGAGCGCUUCCAUACUCCCGGGUAUGGAGCACAAGUCCCGCUCAUUGGUCCCCACAUGUCCGUUUUCUUAUCAGCCCCGAGCAACAUAACACGAUUAGUCUCACCAACCCGCAUGCCUCGUUCCACUCCCUGGCUUCAAUGCCGGCAUAGAUUUUUCUCUACAUUGUAUGGGGCGUAUAUGCAACGGCAUCUAGCUGCUGCUGCCACUUUCCGAUCGCUUAGCAUAUGUAUUUACGUGAAGGGGGCAUAA